CCAAAAUAAAUAAAAAGAAUUUCUAAAAACAAACAAAAAACCCGAAGUCCUUGCACAAACAUAAAAUGGGUGUAUGUAGCUGGUCUUUUGACAAUUUUGUUGAUGAAAGGAGAAAGGAAAUGGUAAUGUCAGAGGGAAAGAUCAGGGAUUCAUCCCACCCUUACAGUGAAAUAACCUGUGCUCUUUUCAGUUACCUUAAGGACAGGGUGAUGGGACAACACCCUCCCUCCUUUUGGGUAUAUGACCUCCAGAAAAUCAAGCUGAAGGGCUGGAUAUGGGAGAGGGAUACGACCUUCGGCUGCUGCUGGGUUGCGGUGGGCCAGCCAGACACUGCCAGGAUAGGUGUGAGGACACAUAUAUCUUUAAGAGGAAAGACCAGAGCGCAAACUGGCUGGACUCAGGUAGUCCUGGGUUUGAAUCCUGUCUCUGUCACCACCUAGCUAGAUGACCUUGAGCAACUUACUUAACCUGAACACCCAGUUCGUCAUCUGUAAAAUGGAAACAACCAUGCCUACCUUUCAAGGUGGUUUUGAGGAUUACAGACAAGUGUCUGCAACACAAUAGGUAGUCGUAAAUGGGUGCCAUUAUGUGGCCCAGCCCCUCGCGAUGGGACCGAACGGCUAACGGACAGGUCAGAAUCUCAGGGCAGGGAGAGCUCCCGCGGCCUCCUCCCUCCAGGAGGUGGGGACAAGGUGGAGGAAGGGCUGCGGGAGGAGGAGCUGGCGCGCGUCGCGACCCGCCCCGUCCCGUCCAGUCUGGCCUGGGCGCUGAAGGAACUGCGGUCCUAGCCGCUGCCACCCAACAGCCUGUCCUGGGUGUCCCGUGCCCUGCGCCCAUCCAGUCAUGACCCUGCGCCCCUCACUUCUCCCGCUCCGUGUGCUGCUGCUGCUGCCGCUGCUGCUCAGUGGGGCGGUGUGCCGGGCUGAGGCUGGGUUCGAAACCGAAAGUCCCGUCCGGAUCCUCCAAGUAGAGACCCUGGUGGAGCCCCCGGAACCGUGUGCUGAGCCUGCUGCCUUUGGAGACACGCUUCACAUACACUACUCGGGCAGCUUGGUAGAUGGACGCAUCUUUGACACUUCUCUGACCAGAGAUCCUCUGGUUAUAGAACUUGGCCAAAAGCAGGUGAUACCAGGUCUGGAGCAGAGCCUUCUAGACAUGUGUGUGGGAGAGAAGCGAAGGGUAAUCGUUCCUUCUCACUUGGCCUAUGGAAAACGGGGAUUUCCGCCAUCUAUCCCAGCGGAUGCAGAGCUGCAUUUUGACGUGGAGCUCAUUGCACUGAUCCGAGCCAACUACUGGCAAAAGCUGGUGAAGGGCAUUUUGCCUCUGGUAGGCAUGGCCAUGGUGCCAACCCUCCUGGGCCUCAUUGGGUAUCACCUAUACAAAAAGGCCAGCAGACCUAAAGUCUCCAAAAAGAAGCUCAAGGAAGAGAAAAGAAACAAGAGCAAAAAGAAAUAAAAAAUAAGUUUUUAAAAUCUU